AUGGUCCACAAAGUCCUCUUCUGGGGCGGCUUCGGCAUCGCCGUCCGACUCUGGCAACUCGGCAUCGAAAUGCGUCCGAUCCUCGCCCGUGAAUCCCUCUGGGUAUACCCCCUCUUUGCCGGUGUCGGUGGCAGCUUCGGAUACUGGCUCCAGGGCGUCGAGCAGCGCCAACUCCGGAUCCUCGCACAGCAACGGGAAGCUAUCCUCGAGAAGCGUCGGCGACGAGACAAGGGCACAUUGAGCACGGUGGAGGAGGCCGGCACUUUGGCUGCGACGUCGUGA